CCACCCCGUGCCGGGAAACUAACUUCAAAUAACAAAUGUGAGAGACUCGGCAAGCCAGACACUCACUUAUUUCUCUCUCAGAUACAGAGAGGUGCUGGAAACUUUAGCUUUAUCAUACGGAACCGUCCGUAUAUUAAUAAGACAUUUUGAUCAUUUGAUUUAGAUUAGGACCGAGUGGCUUUAUUCAUUAUUGCAUGACGAGUUACAUAAAACUAUUACAAUCUUACAGUUUGUAGAUUGACUGACAUCUGAACCGAACAGGUGGCGCGUGUGUCAGGUUCCGCUAAGCGUUUAGUAUUAGGAACAGGGAUUCAGAUGUCCCAUUCUCAUAAGUAAGCAGUAGAUUCAGAAGACAACAGGUUUCCUUCAACAGGCGCAGGGAUGCCAGAUGCUGGAACAGACAUGGGUACGGACGUCGAGAAGAUAUUUGGGGUGAAAGCUCCGGCUCCCACAGAAAACACCCACCCUCAGUCUCUAAGCAACGGUCCUCUAUAUGACGUCCUCCGAAACUUUUACCACACGAAAAGAGUUGGGAAUUAUCUGAUCGGGAGGAAGCUGGGAGAGGGGUCGUUCGCCAAAGUCCGAGAGGGGCUUCAUGCGAUCACCGGCGAGAAGGUGGCGGUGAAAGUGAUUGACAAGAAAAAGGCCAAAAAGGAUUCAUAUGUCACAAAGAACUUGCGGCGUGAAGGACAGAUUCAGCAGAUGAUCCGACACCCAAACAUCACCCAACUGCUGGACAUCCUGGAGACGGAGAACAGCUACUACCUCGUCAUGGAGCUCUGCCCUGGUGGAAACCUCAUGAACUACAUUUAUGAGAAGAAAAGGUUGGAUGAAAGAGAAGCCCAGAAGUACGUACGGCAGCUAGUCAUGGCGGUGGAGCACCUGCACAGGGCAGGUGUUGUUCACAGAGAUUUGAAGAUUGAAAACCUCCUCCUUGAUGAACAGGACAACAUAAAGCUGAUCGAUUUUGGCCUCAGUAACUGUGCGGGAAUUCUGGGAUACUCUGAUCCCUUCAGCACACAGUGUGGCAGCCCAGCAUACGCCGCCCCUGAGCUUCUCUCAAGGAGGAAAUAUGGGCCCAAAGUGGAUGUCUGGUCAAUAGGGGUGAAUAUGUACGCCAUGCUGACUGGUACCCUACCGUUCACUGUGGAGCCAUUUAGCCUGAAAGCUCUACAUCAGAGGAUGGUGGACAAGGAUAUGAACCCUCUACCUCCAUCUAUCUCUUCAGCUGCUGUCAGUCUGCUGAAGAGGCUUCUAGAGCCUGCCCCCGACAAGAGGCCCAACAUCCACCAAGUGAUGGCUGACUCGUGGCUGCAGUUGGGCAACCCUCACACUGGAGUUCCUUACUUAAAUAGAAUCCACAUUGAGGAGAUCAACCAUACAGUUCUGCUCCACAUGACAGAGAAAAUGGGCUACAAACACAGUGAGGUGCUGAGUGCUGUGCUCACUAACAAAGCUUGCCACACGCUGACUGUGUACUUUCUCCUCAACAACAAAAUGAAGAGACUCUCAAAAGAGUACAGGGAGAAACAGUACAACAUGGAGAAAGAGAAAAAGAGCGAGCUGUUUCAGACCCAGUGGAGGAAGCACAUUGAGAAGGUCACGAUUCCACCCAAGCAGACACCCAUCUAUCUCGCUGUGAGCAAAGGACCCACCAAGGAGAAGAAACACAGAACUGGUCUUCUGAAAGCUGUGACUGGAGGUUUUAAAGAUGUUUACUCAGGACGUGGUGGUUGCAUCACCUCCUCCUCUCUGGAGUACCUGGAGAUCCACCCCCUGUUUCCCAACAACCCGCAGCCAGCCCAUCCUACACCUGAGACCCAGCCGUCCCAGAAAGACAGCUCCAAAGAACCCCCAAAAGCUGUCAACAUCCCCGCUCGCCCACCUUCCUCCCUCGGUGCUCAUUCCUGGGCUUCCGCAAGCAAGGAACCGAGCAAAGAAGCUCCUCCAUCGCCAUGGUACAAACUGACCAACGGAGCACUUUCUCCGCCUCGACACGUGUCUGCUUUUCAGCCUGAUAGCUCGUACUUGAAGAAGGCCACGAUCCCCAGCCCACCUGUUCUCAUCGUCAAACCUGAGCCCAAGAAAAGUCCUCCCGCUUCAGACUGGCCUAGCUCUUCAGAUUCAAGUGGUAGCCCGCCCAGCAGCGUGGGCAGCGAAGAACCCGACAGCCCUCAGCACCGCAGCAAGUUCCCUUCCAUGGGUAUCGGGCAGAUUUUAAAGAGAAAGGUGCCGCCCUUUAGCUUCCAGCUGCCCCCGUUCAGGCCAGAGCCUGCGGUGGAAGUGGAGUCUCCAACUCCCUACCAUAUGCAAACUCUGAUCUGCACCUCAGGGGCUCUCAAAACCCUGUGCUAAGGAUGAGAACUCUUAGAUUAUAAAAAAUAGGAUGUAUGCAGUACCGUGUUAUCUCAUCAACGACGCUUGCAGUUUCCGAGUGCCGACUUGCGAGAUUUGGCAUGUCUUAUACAUAACCCCAGGACAGUAGACACAGAAAGCCAAGUUCACAUGCAGCAGCACGUUCAACACGCUUCUAGUCCAAGUGCCAUGUAGCAGCUGAGCCACAACCUUUAACGCACAAUUCUUCUGUGAAACAAAGCUGUCACUGCCCACAAUAAUGUGUACUAAUACAUGUUCAUGUACAGUAAUACAACAAAGACUGUUAAUGAACGGUUGGAGGGUUUUUUGCUUAUUUGAGCAAACAAUAUUAGUGAGUUUUAAGCUCUUACUUUAUUUAACCUCAAAUUGUAAUUACACUCAGGUCAUGCUUAACUUUUUUAAUAGCCUCACUUUUAAACCUGUAGUGAAACGUCAGUAUAUCACUGGAAGACGACAUUCCUCGUUUUUCCCCUGUAGGGGUUUGCUGGCAUUUUGUAUAGCCUUAAAUAUCUUGCAUUCAGCCUUUGGGCUGCAAUGGAAGAUUUUCAGUAUCAUUUGAACUCUUGGUGUAUAAGAUUCAUUUUACCUGCAGAGCAUCACGUUGAGUGAAAUAAUAGAUUGUGCAAUAGUGUGUAUAUAUAUAUUUGAUGACUGACCUGGUUAUAACCAGGGUGGUGUUUUCACUCCAUUGAACGAAAGAGAUUUAAAACCGCCUGUAUAUAGAACACAAGUGUCUUUCAUUCCAUGUGUUUAAAGGUGAUUCAUGCUGUCAUUUCACAUUAGAUUUACAAAGCAGACCUCUUUCACAGUCUUCACGUGCACAGAAGACUAUGAGCUGUGAAAAAUGUUUUUCUGAUCUCAACUACACUUUUGCAUGCACACCAGGAGUUUUUUUAAAAAAAAAAUGUGAUGUCAGUUUUUUGGUGACAAGUCUUUGUACUUUUGUUACGGUGAAGAUAAAUUUGAAGGUCUUUUGUAAGUUUUGUAUUGAUUUGCUUUUUUUGCCAAGUUAAAGGAGAUUUUUAACACUGUAAAAAAGAUUUAUAUAUAAAGAUUAUUAUUUGUGUUCUGAAUUUUCUAUUUUAAUGCAGCAUGUAUUACUUUUUUGACACAAAUAAAUGCACAAUACCUACA